GCCUUCCGCCGCGACUUUCUCUCUCCUCCUCCGACGGCCGGCGGCGGCGCCCCUCUCCGCUCCUCCCACUCUCCCAUCCAUCCAAUGGAGGCUCUCGCCGGCGCCAGCACCGGCACCGGCACUGCCGCCUCCCUGCCGGCCUUGCCUUCCCACCAGCAGCCGCGCUCCCGCCUGGCCCCGCGGUCGCUCGCCCUCCCCGGCGGCCGCGCCUGCGGGGCCCUCCGUGCCGCCGCCGCCGGCGGCGGCGGCGCCAAGGACGACGCCCAGGCUGGCGUCACGCCCAACGGGUCUCCGGUUAUCAAGCCGAAGAGUGACCCAACUCUUUCGAGUCAGAAUGGAGUUCUUGGAUCGACCAAAGCUGACACGCCACACACGACCUUAUCAACACAUACUACCACUGACUCGAGUGGAUCCAGAGCUGGCUUGUUUAGAACACCUAUAUCUGGUGGUGUGCAGAGUGCGACUUUUGCCCAUGGUUUACCUCCGCCGGCAUUGGCUGUUCGCAACUUGAUGGAACAGGCUCGAUUUGCUCAUUUGUGCACUGUCAUGUCUGGCAUGCAUCAUCGGCGUACUGGAUACCCAUUUGGUUCACUUGUUGAUUUUUCUAAUGAUUCGAUGGGCCACCCAAUAUUUUCGCUAUCACCAUUAGCAAUACACACAAGGAACUUGCUCUCUGACCCGAGAUGCACACUUGUUGUCCAGGUACCUGGAUGGAGUGGGCUGUCAAAUGCACGCGUCACAAUAUUUGGUGAUGUAUAUCCUUUGCCAGAAGAUCAACAGGAAUGGGCACAUAAGCAGUAUGUCGCAAAACAUCAACAAUGGGCAUCUCAACAGUGGGGAAAUUUUUACUAUUACAGGAUGCAGAACAUAAGCGACAUAUACUUCAUUGGAGGCUUUGGCACUGUUGCAUGGGUAGAUGUCAAGGAAUAUGAAGCUAUUCAACCUGACAAGAUAGCUGUUGAUGGUGGUGAACAAAGCUUAAAGGAAUUGAAUGCAAUUUUCUCGAAGCCACUUAGAGAGUUCUUGUCGUCUGAAGGGGAGGUUGAUGAUGCUGCACUUAUAUCAGUAGACAGCAAAGGGAUAGACAUAAGGGUUCGCCAGGGUGCACAGUUCAACAUUCAGAGGCUGGCAUUUGAUGUGCCUCAUAAGGUGGAGACACUAGAGGAAGCCAAGAGAGCACUCCAUAAGAUAAUCAAGACAGCCAGCAAAUAAGGUCUUCGAAAGAAAUGUGAAAAAUUGCAAACUCUGGCAGCUUCCUCUUCUCUCAUGCAACUGUGUUGUGUGACCCGAUAAAGAGAAUUAAGCAUCAUGUAAUGUAGCAAUAAGUGCAAAAUGUUUACCUGUUUAAUAAUGACUUGAUGAGAAUUAACAUCUUGUGGUUAGAAUUCUAGAUAUUUGCCAAGUGUGUAUAUCAUGCUGCAAGAGCAGUAAUGGUGUUGACGCUGGUUGUGAAAGUUAGAUGGACCUGAUGGUUGAUGCCCGCAAAUUGGGGUGUAAUUUUGACCAUUAAGCAUCAGCAUGCCUCCAUGCUCAUGCUGCUAUAAAUUAGGGUUCUGGUACAGUAGGCAAAA